GUUGCAGUACAAUCUUUAGUUAGCAGCAAGCCUUUUAUGAGUAUUCAGAAUGUUUCAUACUUUAUAGUGGUGCAGUGAUGUGCUCUUCUGAUUUGUGUUUGAGUAAAUUGGCAAGAGAUUUGUGAGUGAGAUUGUGACUUCGAAGUGCUAUUGGUGACAGCUUGCUAGGCGCAAAUUGUUACCAGGACUGUCAACGAACACAAACUUCAUAUAGUGAAGUGGAGUGUCAAGUGAGAAGUGAGACUGAAACAAUUAUAAUUAUAAAAUAAUCUUCAUAUAAUUUCAAAGUUCUGUGACUAAAAUAAUAUAGCAAAAAUGACCGGUUUCGUGAAAAUUGCCAUAGACGAUUAUUACUCCGACAGCAAUUGGACGACGAUAAUAAACAAGUAUUGGAUGCUUGCUGAAAGGGUUUCAGACCCUCGCGUCCAAGGAUGGUUCCUCUUCGACACGCCACUGCCCACGGUGGCCAUGGUAUGCGUGUAUCUCGCAUUCGUCAUGGUAGCAGGACCACUGUGGAUGGCGAACAGGAAACCCUUCCAGAUACAGAAUACUUUGGUCGCGUAUAACGCGCUUCAAGUGUUGCUGUCUUCUUAUAUGUUUUAUGAGCACCUGAUGUCAGGCUGGUGGGCGGACUACAGCUUAUCAUGUCAACCUGUGGACUACAGCGACAGUGAGAAAGCGAGACGGAUGUUACAUCUAUGUUGGGUGUACUACUUCUCGAAGCUGUCAGAGUUCGCUGACACGGUGUUCUUCGUGCUCCGCAAGAAGAAGAGUCAGAUCACCUGGCUGCAUCUGUACCAUCACUCCCUGACACCUUUCGAGGCGUGGCUGCUUGUCAAGUUCAUUGCCGGUGGUCAUGGAACAUUCUCGAACAUCGUGAACAACUUGGUGCAUGUGAUCAUGUACAGCUACUACAUGCUGGCUGCUAUGGGACCGCAGUACCAGAAGUAUCUGUGGUGGAAGAAACACCUUACUACUCUGCAACUAGUCCAAUUCUUCAUGGUGCUCUUCCACUCCAUGAGCGCUUUGGUAUACGACUGUGGUUAUCCAAAAUUCAUUGCCGCUGGCCUGAUCCUGCAUUCGACGAUCUUCAUAGUUCUGUUCAUGAACUUCUACAUGCAAGCCUACAAGAAAGACAAGCCAAAGAAGAAACAAGCUCUAUCAGUUGCUGCAAAUAACAACAACAACGACGAAACUCAUCUACCCAACGGAAUGGUCAAAAGUGAUACCAAUGGCCAUAUCAAAAAUGGUACAGUAAAUGGACACCUUAAAAAUGGACUGAAUGGACACAUCAAAAACGGUGAUCUAAACGGACAUGUCAGAAAUGGUGACUUAAACGAACAUAUCCACACAGAAAUCAAUGGUUACAUCAAAAACGGUAACAUCAAUGGAUUUGUCCAAAACGGAAACCUUAAUGGACAUGUAAAAAAUGGAGAACUCAAUGGUUAUCUAAAACAUGAACUUAAUGGACACGUUAAAACCAACGGCCAUUUGCAAAACGGUUACACGAACGGUCACGUGAUACACGACAUCACAGAUAAAGAAAAAGUGCAAUAGCCUAUACUUUAUAGUUAGGUUAGAUUGUAUACUUUUUAUAAAUUCAAUUUGUAUGGAGAGUCAGAGAUACUUGAGUUUUUGUCGGUCCCUUCUUGUAAUACAAAAAAGUAACUCGAUGAUGAUAGAAAGUGUAAUUUCUUUGAGUUAGCGCGGCGUGAAGCUUUCGACCACUCGACCAGCUGACUUAGCAACACGUCUUUAAGAUGUGGUCGCCUUUUUGUACACUUAUUGAGGAAAACGAAACGCAAAUUCAACCACACUCAUUUGUUUUGUCGGUUUACGAACACUCAAUCGUAUCUCAGACUCUUUGAAUUUAAUGUACAGUUAGAUCCAGUGUAUAAAUAGAUAUUUCUUGUGAGCUAACUUUUCCUUUAAAAUGGUGCGUCUACAAUUUUCUUAUAAUUUAACAAAAUUAUUUUGGCAUCUCAAAUUCCGAAAUCAACAUUUAUGAAAAAUACCUUUUUUGUACCUGUUUUUUAUAUUUCUUUUUAAACAGUUUAAUGUUAAAACUACCUCAUGAGUGGACUUAAUCAUAUUUUACUUAUAAGUGUUUUAGCCUCAAGAUUGUAAAAUAAAAAAUCCGCAAAAUGAGGCCAGUGGCACACAGGGAGAAUUUAAUUUUGUCUCACUUUUUUUACUUUUAAUGAAAUUUUUGCUCACUAAAAUACUUUUUUACCAAAAGACUUGUCUUUAGAAGUCAUUAAUUCCAUUACUUCCGUCCAUACUAAGCUUUAUUAGUUAUAAGUAAUAAUAACUGUAAAUAAAGAUUAAAUUAUUUUUUUGUUUAUGAAAGUACAAGCAAUCAUUAAGGUACGAUGUGCUUUUCAAACUGUCAUAAAAACAGAUAUUUUUGAUGAUUAUUUUCGAAAUUUUUGUCAUGUUUUUUUUUUCUGCGAAAGUAAAAUAAAAUCAAGUACACUGAUUUCUAAAAUAAGUAUUACUAAAUAAUGUAAAUAUAAUUAAAUUGAUUGAGAUUAAUAUCAACUUACGUGUAAUGGGAGUGAUUUGAUUAUUUUUACAAAAUAAUUAUACAAUUUUUGUAUUUUAUCGUCUCGGUGGGUGAAUGGGAUUUUAAUCCCAAAGAUAUUUUAUAUUGCUAUUAAACUAAGGAAACCAGUCAGUUUUAGCGAAAUUUUAAUUUUAGUAUAAAUAGGUGUUUUAUAAAGACAUAGACUUAAUUAUUGUAAGUGAUAUGUGGUUAAACCUGUAUACCCUUUUAUACGAUAAGUUUCAAAAAUAAAAUAUUUGAAAUUUUUA